AACAUAGUGCAUCGAUUCAACACCAACACACGCACAUUUCAACCCGAUUGUACAAUAAAAUCACGGAGAUUCAAUGUCAGGAAAGCGGAACUGAUUGUGCGCUGCGUUUGUUUCCGGCGGACAGAACAAACCGCUACAUAAUAUAAACAAAACAGAUUUACGCGGAAUCUUGCACAGUAAUGUUUUUUAAUAACAGUGAACGGGUUUUGCUGUAACUAAAGCAGCAAUGAGGUUUGUUAAACGGAUAUUUAGUCGUCAGUGUGGGUUGUUUUGCAGGAAUGUGUCCUCAUACACACAAGGACAGAGUCCAGAAGCGAGAAUUAGAGAGUAUUUCUACUAUAUCGAUCAUCAAGGACAGCUCUUUCUGGAUGACACCAAGGUGAAGAACUUUGUCACCUGUUUCAAAGACCAGCACUUCUUAGUUUUCUUCUUCAGCCGUCUGAAAGUGAACCAGAGCGGCCGCUAUCAGCAGGACUUCCCGUUUGUCUCGCUCUGCGGACGCGAGCGCAACUUCCUGCGUUGCGAGGAUCAGCCCAUAGUUUUCACUCACCUGUUCUCAGAGGUGGGGCUUGAGGACCGUCUCUCAUACUGUGGGGGCGGAGCUAAGCUGAGCGUUCCAUUCCGCCCACAAUCCCUCUUCAUGCAUCCAGACAGCGGUAGAGUUUACCAUCCCGGGCCGGAGCGGACUGGAGGAGCGGGUCUGCUAAGAUCAGCUCUGGCCAUUGAGAUCAGCGCACAUUUUGGGUACGACACAGGACAGGAUGGCACAGCAGCACAGCCCACUCACUUCACAUGGGCAGGCCGACGACACGCUCUCAGCAAAGAGUUGGAGAAACAUUUCCCUGUGCAGAAAGAUGAAUGCAUGAAGAUACGGUGAUUCAACAUUACAAUACACUGUAAAAGUAACACCAUAAACCAAUUUAAAGUUGAAUUCAAGCACUUUCAA